UUGUGUGUUGAGAAUAUUAUAGAAGCUGUGAGAAGAAAUACGCAAAUGGUGCGAAACAAUAAUGCCUGUUGCGAAUAAAGAAUGUGUGCGGGGUGAUGGUGGCGUUUCGUGUGGACCUUGUCCGCAGUUUCGACAUGUUGUGGUCGUUGGAAACGGCCCUUCGGCAAUCACGCUUUCCUUCAUGCUUUCCGGUCACUGGCCGCAGUACAACGGAAACCCAGUGGCUGACCCGUGCCUUCAAUUGCGACUAGAUGACACCAAGGACUUCUCUCUUAUGGAGCUCAACCUAGAAGAGCUCAGCGAGGGUUUGAGCGGCAGGUCGAGGAACCCAGUUUCAGUUCUCUAUGAUGCUUUGACUCACCCUGACGCUGAUUUGGGCAUGACGAACCCUUCCCGACACCUGACCCGGGAAGCACUGCUAUCUCGACAGUCAGUGCACCACGAGCCCUUUCCGUUUGGGCCGCCACGAACCGCGAUGGACGGAAGUAUUUUGACACUGAGCUUCGGGACGUGGAUGGAACUUCCUGACAGUGAUUUCAUGACAUUUUGCGACGGCGCGAAGCGACCGACGGUGUCGACAGUUGCCAGGAUUUUGCUCGAAGCCAGCGGGAUGACAUCAUCGAGGCGCCGGAGUCUGAGUGCCCGCAGGGAAGUGGCGUCGGUCGCCGCCUCGCCGUUGUGCAUGGCACAGCAGGCGCCUGGUGUCAUCAACAGCUGUCGACGCCGCAGGAGCGUGUCCGUGUCGGCGUCCACUCUGGACAAUGAUAGCCCGUAUGUGUGGGAAGUGCGUGGGUACCGGGAGCUGGACGUCGAGGACGACGGUGACGGCGACGACGGAGCCCGGGUUCCGUUCACGUUCGUCACUCCGAACGUGGUCUUGGCCACGGGCACGACCGACUCGAAAAACCGCCUCAACGUGCCUGGGGAAGACCUGGACUUCGUCAUGCAUUCUCUGGCUAGGGUCGAGGACUGGUUGGCCAACAAGAGGACUUGGGAUGACCUGCCGUUGGUGGUGAUCGGCGCCGGACUGACGGCGGCGGACGCCAUAGUGGCGGCCAUGAGUGCAGGGGUGGACGUUUACCACGUGUUCCGCAGGGAUCCCUUGGAUCCCCGCGUGAUCUUCAACAACCUGCCGGCGAGUCUGUACCCAGAGUACCACAGGGUCCACGCGCUGAUGACCAAGCGCCUGGUGGAGCCCGGCUAUCGCGGGUUCUCCAAGUGCAAGGUCAUUGGAAUCCGUCCCUCGGGCCACGUGCUGGUCGAAUGCGAGAACGGCUGUGGGAAGAUAAAAGCUGGAGCCGUAGCUGCAUUGAUCGGAUCAAAGCCGAACCUCGAAUUCAUGGGCAGGCUGAAGAACAACCUGGGCGUCGUCCCUGGGCUCGCCUUGGACUCAAAGGUCAACGUGUUCGACGGUGACCCGUUCUCCCACGAAAGCAACUCAUUCCCGGGAUUGUACGCCCUUGGGCCGCUGGUGGGGGACAACUUUGUCAGGUUUCUCCAGGGCGGGGCUUUGGCCGUUGCAGCAGCUGUUCACCGCAAAAAGCAACACCAGCAGCUGCAGCAACGACCAUCAUCAUCAUCAUCAUCAGGAGGGACCACUUAUUGAAACUCGAGACUUAUACCUCUUUUUUUGCUCUGUGUGCGUGUCUUUUAUUAUUAUUGUCUCGUCGUCGUCUAAUAUGAUGUCUGUCAUUCCUAUAUCUGCUAUAUGCUGGAAAACGAUGUGUUCCUGUUUUUGUUGAUUUGUUUUUUUGGGACGAGUUUAUCCUGAAUUUCUUGCUCUUUGUGUGAUGCUAAAUGUUUUCUCUUACUGAAGAUGAUUGGAUUUCUUACAUGAUUGAGGAGAUAUGGGCAUUUUAGAUGAGUGUGCCAGCUUGUGAUUGCGGGCUUCUGAUUUGCUGAUGAUGAGUCUGUUUUUCAAGUAUACAGUGUAGUAGUACUUUGGCUGCGACGAAAAGGCUAUAUAUAAUGGCUAUAUCGAGUUGGGAUCAACGGAUUGCUAUAGAGGAUUGAGCGAUUUUCAUCCUGUGAUGUGUCCCCUGGCUGUGGGGUGGCUUUUUUUGGGCUAUUUGACAACAUUUUUAACUAUAUACUGGGUGGCUAUUGUAAUGCAUGAGAGAGGCUGUUGAAUAAAUGGCUGCUGCAACUCUUGGAUUUGGUUGGAAAAGUCUCCCGUGUGUUGGAUCAUCAUGCACUGCUGAUGCACAUAGCUUUUUUAUUGGUCUAAUAAAUAUCAGUCAGGAAGAGAGAAAUGCUGGUUUUUGUGUAUUAUUAUUCUGAAACCGAUUUAUAUAUUUAACGGAUUUAUUUUGUUUCGAAUGUUUAAAUUUCAAGGAAAAGGACGAGAACGCCUUUUUCGUGAUUGUCAUUCGUACAGCAACAUGCAUUGAUGUAGCUUUUAUGAUUACCCACGCGCCACGCAUCCAAUUAUCUUUUCCCCCAUGUUCGAUUCAGCAUGAGGAAGAAACAAACGACAGUAGAUAUGAUGCUAUUUAUUUCAUUCGAAUUAAUAUACUGUACAUAGAAUUGAUUUUAAAUGCAUAUUUAGCGGGAAGUUUUAUGAUUCUCAAAUAAAUGCGGGUGCUAACGUUAUUUCCGGAUCUGUCGUAUCGUGAUGGUGUUCCAAGAAAAUUAAAAAGGUUGCGUGUGGUGUGAAACGAUUUCAGAGUGAAGUCCGAAAGAAGAUCAUUGCAAAACUUCUAGUGUGUGUGAUUGAAUUUUCAGGGUUGUGUGCUGGUAUUUGAGGAAAUAUAGUCAAAAACAAGAUUUUUAUA